GCCAUUUUGCGGCGGAAUGGAGCGCGGAGCGGAGGUGCGGUCCUGAAAGUCCUUAAAAACCGGUUUCAAACGGCACAGAAAUGAAAUGAAAGUGGGGAAAAAGAGGGAAAAUGUGGUGAAAGUGGAGAUCUUUGUGGCUCAAUUAGCAUUGGGAACCUUGCAAAGUGGGCGGAUGUGGGGUUGAGGCCUCUGCAACAAAGUGGAUGUUGCUUAAAUGGGGCAAAAGCAGUGGGGCAUCGAUACCACUGAUCGUGCCCAGAGGGUCAUUAGCAUACGCUAAAGUAUGUUUUCUUCGUACAAUGUUCUGUUAUUUAUGCAAAAACAACGUGGCACUUCCCACACCCCCAUAGCUCAGCGUGGGGCUGCCCCACAGUUCCGUGGCUCUGUGUGAAGUUGUAGAGCAGCCCCAUAGGGCGGCUGCCCCACAGACCUCCAUGCUUAAGUCCCACACUGUGCUUGCACGGCCCCGUGGGGAGGAGCUCAGCCUCACAGUGGAAUGGUGGGCCCUCUGCGCUAUCCCAGCGGUCACUUCCGCCCGUCACGGGCACUUUUGCUCCUCCUUAUGUCACUUCCGGCCGUCACGAGAUCACUUUUGAUGGUCUGGGUUUCACUUUCUUCUCAUCUGGGGCUCACUUCCGUUCGGACCCGUCUCUCUGUAGCCCCUCAUUACAUCACUGCCGGCACCCCACCGCUCACUUCCGGCGCUUUGGGUUUCACUUUCAUCUCGGACUCGUUUUCUGGCAGCCUCGGGCUCUCUUUAGUUCCGUUUUUGCGUCACUUCCGGCCAUGACAAUUACCAUCUCCGGCCACAACAGGCUGUCCUUACUUCAUCUUAAGCGUCAUAUCCGCCUGCCAUGCAGCCACUUCCGCCCGUUCCGUGCUUUUAUCCGUCAUUACGCCACUUCCGGCCGCUCCAUGUUUACUUCCGGGCUUCCAGAGCUCUCCUUCGUGCCCCUCGUAACGUCACUUCCCGCCGCCCCGGGCUCACUUCCGCUGAUGGAGGCGCUGAGGCGCUGGGCGCGGGCGCUGUGUCUCGGGGCGCUGCCGGUGGCAUUGGGCGCGGUUCUGUGGGCAGCGGUGGCGGCGGGAGAAGAGCGGAGACGCGAAGAGAUCCGGGCCCUCCCCGAGCUGACUCCGGAGCUGCUGGAGGAGCGACGGCGGCACAACGUGCUGCUGUUCCAGGCCCUGCAGGAAGCGGCCACCACCGAGGAGAACGUGGCAAGGCGCCCGGUGCCGUGGCGGAAGUGAGGGCCGCUUCCGGAAAGUCGUUUCCGGGUUGGUUGGCUCACUUUUGUUCGGCCAGUUUUGCUUAGGGUCACUGGUGGCUCAUUUGCUGACUUGCGGCGUUUUUCCUCCCACUUCCGGAUGCUGUCUGGAGAGCCCACCCCACUUCCUGUUUUCUUCCAGCCACUUCCUGUGGGUUCCGGCACUACUUUUCUGCUCACUUCCGGUGUAUGUUCCCUCACUUCCGGCGCUAUGGCGGCGGACCAGCGGUCGUUGUUGGCUCGGUGCUGGAGCUGCCGUUUCCUGGGGGGGACCGCGCUGCUCGUCGCCGCGGCGUGGAUCUACCGGCGCCCGCGGGCCCUCAUACGGAGCGGGUUGACCCCCGGCAUGGGCGACGUGGCGCAGAUCACCUUCGCCAUCUGUGUCGGUGCGUGGGGGGUCGUGCAUCCUGGUGGACCCCGUUGGGAAACAGAUUUACAGCGGAACGGCCCCGCAGCACCGCCCCGGGGGGGACACGGAGAGCCGGGCUGGGGGGACGGCAGGCACCGUGACGUGGUGACACUGCAGCGUGGUGAGGGGGGGACAGCUGGGUGUGGUGAGACUGUGAGGCGGUGACAAAGGGAUGCGGGGACAGCCACACAUGGGGACGGCGCCACAAAUAAAGGUGUACGGCA